UCGAACGAUGGCAAUUCUCGUCGCGAGCUGCCGAAGCUCGGUUGUCUUGUAUUCGCUAUAUUUUCAUUUCAUUGUAUUUGUGUUAAAUAAUGCCUUUUAUUUCGAAAGACUGGCGCUCCCCCGGCGAAGAAUGGGUGAAAACUCAGGAAGGAUGGGAGAAAAAGAAAGUGCUUGAAUGUACGGCGCAACGAUACGCAGCUAUAACUAACUUUAAUAACUCCGACCAGCAGAAAUGGUCCGGUGAGGAAGGUGACAAGAGUUCCGAGGAGGUCGCGAGAAUACCGCCACACUGCCACAUUACUAUUAAAUGCACAAGAGAGAUAGCUGGUUUCAACGGUCUAUCGGAGGCGGUCCGUCGCCUGGACUUCUCGUCUGCCGUGCGCGACGUCAGACGGUUCAACUACAUCUGUGCUCUUCUAGAACUGCUGCUGGGCGGACAGAAGUUGACUAACCUGCCUGGUGCAGCGCAGAAGUUGUUACUCUCUAUGCUGGAGCAAUUGGCUGAUCAGGUGGCAACAUCGAAACAGAAUCUAAACGCGUUGCGAGCGCUGCUCGCGGGUGUGUCAGCGCUGCGUGAAGCGGAACGCCGCGCGUGUUGGGGCCGGCCGCUCGGCUCGCGAGCUCUGUGGGGACACCACGAUACCGCCAUAGACCGCAUCAACCACAUCGCUAACAGCAUACGGAUACAGGAGCCUGGACCGGAAGUGGUGCCUAAGCUUCAUGACUUACCGGAGGAGUGCAUCCGAGAGAUACUGCUGAGGAUAGCCGAUCAUAGAGACUUAGAUGCGGCGUCAUCAGCAUGGUCGGUGAUGGGUUCAGUGUGCAGCGAGCAGCGAGUCUGGCGUGAGUUGGUCCGCUUCCACUUCACCCCGCACCAGGUGGACUCCGCCAGGGGGGAUGCAGAGGAAGUGGACUAUAAGAAGCUCUUCCAUCAGCUGAGGAAGUUGUAUGGUCUGCGCGAAGACGCGCGCUACGCGGAGACGCUGUCGUUGUGUCGCCACUGCAAGUGCCUGUUCUGGAGGUCGCUGGGACAUCCCUGUAUUGCUGACCAGUGUCCAGAAUACAGGGAAAGACUGAAGGAGGCAGGCGGGCCGCUCCCCCCGCACCCCGUCCCGCCCGCGGCCUUUCUCAAGUUCUUCUCGCUAUAAACGCCGCGCUGCCGCGGCCUACUCGAUCCGUUCCAAAUUCAAAAUUUGACAGCCAGCGAUAU